AUGCUCAACCCCAGGCUCUAUCUCGAGGUAUUUGAGACCCCUUUCAUCCCUCUUGCAAUCGGCAUCGUGGCGGUAAGAGCACAACUGAUUGCCAGCAAGGACUGUCUCCGCUACGGCCACGGCGCCUUCUGGGCGGCCGGCAUGCCCUGGCCCGUGGUCAACAAGGCCAUAACCGGCGCCGGCUUCGACUACGUCGUCUCGGACGCCUGCGUCGCGCAGUGGGAGGCCCGUACGAACCUCGCCUGGCGCAACGAGGACGAUCCAGACACCAAGCAGAUCCGGUGCCCCUCGUGCCCGACAAUGGUGUCCGUCCCGUGGACGACGUGCGGCCAGCCGAGGGAUUACAAGGGAACGAAACCCACCAGCAUCGCAGGCGAGGGCUUCGCAGACGGCCACCUGAGCCAAACCUGCCCGUCCUGCUCCGUCACCAUCACCCACGAGUCCGUCCGCGCCGCCAAGUUCCGCAACGACGUCCAGGCCGCCAUCGCCUCGGGCCACGCCAUGCCAGGCACGAUCCUCGAUCUGUACACCGGCCUGCCGAAGCGCCUCCAGUACGACUCGGACAACAGCAAGUCGGCGGGCUGUCCCGACCGGCUCUUCCCUGCACGCCUCGCGCGCCGCGGGCUGCUAGUUGAGGUCGUCAAGAUGCUGCGGCCCGGCAGCAAGGUGGCGCCGGGCAUGAUGGCCAUCCGGGACCACAUGGAGGAGAAGUUCACGGGCAAGUUCGCCGACUCCAAAAACCUGAGGGAGGUGAUGAACCGCCACAGCCACAAAAAAGUGAUGGACUUUCGCUUGAGCUUGGAUGGAAGGCGGCAGACGAGGAAGAUGAUGUCGCGCUAUUGGGAGAACUCGUCGCCCUUUGCCAUCGAUCUCGUGGGGUGUGUCAUGAGGCAGGGGACGUUCACCGAGAAGAUGCGCAAGCUCAACUGGCUGCACUUUCCGACGGCCCGUGAUCUCAUGACCGAUCUGCUCAAGAAAUACGCCCGCUUCGUCGAAAUCGUCGCCAUCGCGUCAACGACAAAGAGCAAGGUGGCCGUCCCGACCCUCGACGUCGACCUCGCGUGGCACACGCACCAGCUCUCCCCGCAGUCAUACUUCGUCUUCACCCUCGCCAAAACGAGCGCCUUUGUCGACCACAACGACAAGGUUGACGAGGAUAAGCUGAGCACGGCCUUUGAGUGGACGAGCAAGACAUACCAGGAAAGGUUUGGCGAGAUUUACGCCCAGUGCAAGUGCUGGUACUGCGAAACUGUCAGGGUGAUGGCGCUGCCUGCAACCAAGAUGUUCAGCAUUGGCAAGGAAGAGAAGCUCCUUGAAGCAUGGCAUGCGACCGCUAAGGCUAACAAUGUGCCCAUGCCUCCCACGGUCGAGUCGGCGCAUAUUUCGUCGCACCCAGCGGUACACACCAAUGAGACCACAGCCCAUCGAGCGACCACCCGCCCACUACGACUCGAGUACCGCAACAGAUUGGAGGAGACGCACUCCAAGGCGCGCAAGAGAGCGAGCACGAGGUUCAAGGUCGACUCUGGCAAGCGCAUGGGCCCCCGGGGCGAAGACAGAACGCCUUUCUGGGGGAAAGAUGUUGUGAUAGACGGGCCUUGGGCCUCAGGCUUGGCCGCUGCGACGACGAGCGCCAUGUAUCCUGCGCCGCCGGGCUUCGUCAACAUAGGGCCCGGCUCGGUAGGCAGCUGCGCAACGGGAACGUGUGGUGGAGCCACUGGAUGCGGCUCCGAGCUGCUUGGCAUGUGCUCAGCUGGCUGCGUUGGGAGCGGCUGGUUUGGCGGGAACGCCGGAUGUACAGGAAUGGGUACAACAUCAGGCGUUUGA